UACCCGGCCCGGCAGUGAAAAAAUUUUAUAGGUUAAUAUUUUAAAAAUAUUAUCAGUUCAUAAUCUAGUUUAACAAAAACUAGUAAUGAAUAAAAUAUUGUCAGCGCCAAUAAAACAAGUGAGUAAUAAAAUAAACUCAGGAGAAAUAAAACCAACGGAAAUUUGUAAGUCAGCAUUAAAAUUAAUAUCAUCAACGAAGCCGCUCAAUGCUUACAUAAACGUCACCGACGAGCUAGCAAUUCAGCAAGCUGAUGAAUCUGACAAACGACAGCUUGACAAUAAAUUACUGGGACCUUUAGACGGGAUUCCCGUGGCCAUAAAAGACAAUUUCUGCGUCGAGAAUCAUCCGACGACAUGUGCGUCGUUGAUGCUGGCUAAUUUUACCCCCGGGUACAGUGCCACCGUCUACGAAAAACUGAAGCAACAUGGAGCUGUUCUGCUGGGGAAAACGAAUCUUGACCAAUUCGCCAUGGGCGCUGGCACCGUCGACUCCUACUACGGCCCAACUAAAAACCUGUGGGGUUCAAAUCUCAUGGAAAAUUAUUUUAUUGACAAUGCUGACAGUACGUCAAUUAAUAAAAAGUCUGAUCAAGAUGAUUGGCACAUCGCAGGCGGAAGUAGUGGAGGAUCAGCCGUAGCAGUGGCCACUGGUACAUGUUAUGCUGCCAUAGGAUCAGAUACCGGAGGAUCAACACGAAAUCCGGCGGCCUACUGUGGUCUGAUAGGUUUGAAACCCAGUUAUGGAUUAGUGUCCCGUCAUGGAUUAAUUCCUCUCGUAAAUUCAAUGGAUGUACCGGGAAUAUUAGCGCGGAAUAUCGAUGAUUGUUUGGUGAUACUAAAUGCAAUAGCAGGAACAGAUCCACUAGAUUCUACAACUCUGGAUGAAACUCCUCCACCAGUUAAAUUACCCAGCGCUGAUGAAAUUCGCGUAGAGGGAUUACGCAUUGGAAUACCUAAUGAAUACAAUCACGCAGAAUUGAAUCAAGAGAUUCGUAAUUGCUGGAUGGGAGUCGCUGCUAUACUGAAAGAAGCCGGAGCUCAAGUUGUGCCUGUGUCGCUUCCACAUACCAAGUAUUCAAUUGUCUGUUACUCUGUAUUAAAUCAAUGUGAAGUCGCUAGUAACAUGGCGCGUUACGAUGGUAUUGAAUACGGGCUACGUGCUGAUGAAACAUCGUCUACUGAGCAAUUGUACGCUAAGACACGUAGUAUGGGAUUCAAUGAUGUCGUACGCAGCAGAAUAUUAACUGGUAAUUAUUAUUUAUUAUCUGAAAAUUAUGAUAAUUACUUUGUAAAAGCCAUGAAAGUCCGUCGUCUGAUUGCUCAAGACUUUGACGCCGCUUGGAAUGACAAUAUUGAUAUACUUCUUACUCCGACAACUCUGUCUGAUGCUCCAGUAUACAGCGACUUUGUAAGGGAAGAUAAUCAGACUCAAUGCUCGGUACAAGAUUACUGCACCCAGCCAGCGAAUAUGUCGGGCAUCCCUGCGUUAAAUAUACCAAUUACUCUUUCAAAAAAAGGCCUACCCCUGUCAUUGCAAUUAAUGGCGCCAUUUUUACAUGAGGAGAGACUGAUGACUGUUGCCAAGUGGAUUGAAGAUGCUGUCAAGUUUCCUCGUAUCAAAUUAAAAGAUACGAGUCUAUUAGAAUAGUUGUACAUUAAUUAAAUAAUUUAUUUAUAAAUUUUCU